AUGGCCCCGACCCCCGCCCCCCGCGCGAGGCUUGGGGGAGGAAAAAGGCCCUCGAAGAGGGGCCUGGGGCUCUUUGGCGGCCUCACCUCGCUCAAGGAAGGAGGGAUUGACGAGGCCUGCACGCCCGUCCCCACGGAGCUGCUCUACCGCACCUCGACGACGAACGGCGCCAAGGAAGCCGGAGACCCCCCACUGCCCCUUUGGAGAGAGGAACCCCCAAUGACGACCUCGACAAAGGGGACAGGGAGACCCCCGCCUGGCGGAAAGGCCCCUGCGCAGGCCUCCACAGGGCCUGACUUUCGUGGGAUGGGGAAUCGGGCCUACACUACGGAGGCUGUGGCGAUGCGGCAUACCACCCUGUCUGGAGAACGCAAUGGUAUUCUCGAUGACGCGACAGUGCAGGUAUCACAAAUUUGGGACUCAUUGAAAAGCUCCGUCUCCGUGGCGCAGGAAAAGUAUGGUCAGACCGUUAAGCGUUUUCUGGAUGAGUUUUAG